CCGUCCCCCGUCCCCACUCCCCGGACAGGUAGGUUUCCGUCUGGAUCAAAGAGGCUUACGUCACUCUCAGGGAUGGGUCGGUCACGUGGUCAGAUUCCUGCACUUUUCAUGGUUUCGGUGGAGGUGGACGAAAAGGAAAACAUAUUUUCCAAACAACAGGUGAGGGACACAAACCGUGUGUUAAUUGGUGGCGGAGAUUCCCUGUGAAAACAACAGGCCUCAAUCUUGUGCUUCUACCACAGUGUAAGAGCAGUUCUUGGCCAAUCACCUGGGUUCACUCACCUGUGGAGAUUCAGGUCAUUGUGACAUCGACUCCUGCUCUGUCCAGGUAGCUGAGUGCUCAAAGCCAACCGCGGUUUGCACUGUGACCUCCCCCCUGCAAGGCAAUGUAAGUCUUGCCGAGUGACAGCGUGUAAACGAGGGCUGUACACAUUCCCCAUGUCUUCAGGAGGAGGGCCAUCGGCCCGCUUUGACCGGGUGCGGGACGUUCCGUAUUACGACGAGGUCCCCUUGGGCUCGCUGAGGAGAGAGGAUGACCCCCGCGCGCUCGGAGAGCUGAGGGGGGCGGAGCUAGCGCUGAGCUCCGACCCGCUGCCGCCCCCUCCUCUCCCGGACGUCCCCCCCGUGGGGCCCGAGUUCUACCCCAGUGACAGCGAGGACAACCUCGACGCCCUCGACAUCAAACCCGUGCGCCGCUUCAUCCCCGACUCUGUCAAAAACUUCUUCCGCGGCGGCAGCGGCGGGGGCAGCGGCGGCGGCGGCGGGAGCGACGGAAGCAGCGACGCCAAGCCGUGGGCCAUGCUCCACCCGGAGAACAACGGCACCUCCCAGGGGGUGCGGUGCUCACCCCCCCACUCCCCCUCCGUCCCCGGCUCCUACCGGGACCCCUACGGCGGGUCGGGGGGCAGCUACAACUCCCGAAAGGAGCGCGAGGCCAUGCUGCUCGGGUUGGACCCCCUGGAGUCGAUCGACGGGCGCACGGUCCAGACGGUACUCACCUACAGCGAGCGGGUGGAGGCCUACAACGAGCGCUACGCCUACAUGAAGUCGUGGGCGGGGCUGCUGCGCAUCCUGGGCUGCAUCGAGCUCCUGCUGGGGGCGGCCAUCUUCGCCUGCGUCUGCGCGUACAUCCACAAGGACAACGAGUGGUUCAACAUGUACGGCUACUCCCAGCCCCAGAUGUACGGGGGCUACGGGGGUCAGGGCAUGGCCGGGGUAGGGAGCGGGGCCUACUACACGGGUCCCAAGACCCCCUUCAUCCUGGUGGUGGCCGGCCUGGCCUGGGUCGUCACCGUGAUACUGCUGGUGAUGGGCAUGACCAUGUACUACCGCACCAUCCUGCUGGACUCCAACUGGUGGCCGCUGACGGAGUUCAUCAUCAACCUGGCGCUGGCCCUGCUCUUCAUGGCGGCCGGCAUCGUGUACGUGCGGGACACCAACCGCGGCGGCCUCUGCUCCUACCCCGUCUUCAACAACGGCAUCAACGGCGCCUUCUGCCGCGUGGAGGCCGGACAGACCGCCGCCAUCAUCUUCCUCUUCGUCACCAUGCUGGUGUACCUCAUCGGCGCCAUCGUCUGCCUCAAGCUCUGGAGGCACGAGGCCGCCCGCCGUCUCAGGGAGGGCAUGGCGCUGGAGAUGAAAACAACAGCAUCUUCUGUUCCAAGAUCCUUGUUGAUCGGAAGUUCGAACGGACCGGUGGAGUCAGUCCGGGCCAUUCCUGUCCAGGCCCCGCCCUCGGUGGUGAUGCCGCCAGAAAUCCUGAGUGGGCACAUCCCGUCUGGGCACAUCCCCAAGCCCGUCAUAAUGCCCGACUAUGUGGCUAAGUACCCCACCAUCCGCACAGACGAGGAGAGGGACCAGUACAAGGCUGUGUUCAACGACCAGUACGCCGAGUACAAGGAGCUCCACGCCGAGGUCCAAGCCAUGGUCAAGAAGUUCGAUGAGAUGGACGGGCUCAUGAGGAGCCUCCCGACUCACCCCACCAGCCAGAUGGAGCAGGACCGCAUCAACUUCCUCAUGCAGGAGUAUCAGAGGAAAAAGAUGGACCCCACGUUCGUGGAAAAGCGUGAACGCUGCGAGUACCUGAAGAACAAGCUCUCUCACAUCAAGCAGAAGAUCCAGGAGUACAACAAGGUCAUGGACUGGAACGACGGCUACAGCCUGGACGGGCUUGGAACACGGUCGGACCGCUACGAUUACCACAGCCGGGAUUUGUACGGAGAGAGGAGUCGCUCUUUCAAGGAGGAGGAAUUCCUGCACUUCUAUCGCUGGACCUCCCCGCCCGGCGUGAUGAAGAUCGUAUCCAUCAUCAUCAUCAUCCUUUGCGUGGCCAUCUUUGCGUGCGUGGCGUCCACACUGGCCUGGGAGACAGACCUGGGGUUGUCAGGCCUUGGCGGGGGAAUGGGAGGCAUUGGGGGUUAUGGGAGUAGUUACGGGGGCGGUUACGGGGGCGGCUACGGGGGCGGCUACGGGAGCAGUUAUGGGGGUGGUUACGGCAGCUACGGGGGCAGCGGCAUAGGCAGCUCUUCCUAUGGUUACGGAGGGAUCGGAGGCAACUACACCGACCCGGCUGCAGGGAAGGGAUUCCUCAUCGCCUUAGCGGCCAUUACCUUCCUGGCCGUCCUGGUCAUCUUCAUCCUGGUGGUUUCCCGCCAGAACAUUUCCCGCUCCCGCCGUUUCUACCUGGCAGUCAUCAUCGUCGGUGCCAUCCUGGCCAUCCUGAUGUUCAUAGCCACCAUCGUCUACCUGGUGGCUGUCAACCCCACGGCCCAGGCCUCCGGCUCUGUGUACUACAACCAGGUGGUGGCGCUGUGCGCCCAGUACCAAAACCAGGGACCCGAGCCCACCGGAAUCUUCAUCAACCAGUACCUGUACCACUACUGCGUGGUGGAGCCACAGGAGGCCAUCGCUAUAGUCUUCGGUGUCCUGGUGGUGAUUGGCCUCAUCAUCCUCGUGGUCUUCGCUGCGAAAACGAGGGCGCAGCUCCGUCAGCACGGCAAAGCCAACGUCCUGUGGGAGGAGGUGAAGCUUGUCGGCAACGGCACAUCACAUGAUGUGGGGGAGUGGGUGAAUAAGGUGUCUGAGAUGCCGGAGGUGUUGGUCAGCGACUAUCCAGACAACAUUGGAGGCUCCCGGAAUUUCCUGGAUAACACCAGCUUCGACUACGCCAAGCCCCCCUAUACCCCUGUGGGCCCAGAGCAGGACGCCCCCCUGUACAAUUCGGCACCUUACAGCAACCCGUCUGACAUCCCCAGCUCUGCAGGGAAACUGAAAAAGAAUAGAUACAAUGAUGGCGGCUACACGACGGGCGGGGAGUCUGGAGACGAACUGGACGACACCGACUUUGACGAUGAGUUCCCCACCAUCCUCACUGAACAGGACAGAUUAGACUACAAGCGCACAUUUGAAAAGGACCUGCUGGAGUACAAGGACCUGCAGUCUGAGCUAGAUGACAUCAACAGGAACCUGUCCAAGCUGGACAAACAGCUGAACAGUCUCCACGAAGGAAGCCCACAGUACCUGGAUACACUGGAUGAAUAUAAUCAUCUGAGGAACCUUAAAAAGUCUUCAAAUUACCAGUUAAAGAAGAAAAGAAGCAAAUAUCUGAAGGCCAAGCUUGCCCACAUCAAGAAGAAGGUCAGCGAUUAUGACCGUAGGGCGUGAUGUGCCUGAUGCUUGACCCCUGACCCCGUUCCCCCAGCCAAUCACCGCCUCUUUUGCCUAGGGUUCAAUUGUGCGAUUUUUGGAUGAAUCAGGAAUGAUCUCAACCAGCUAACCAUGAGAAGAUACCUGGGAAAAUGAAGUUUGUUUUACAUGUUUGGGUGCGUUGCUAUUGUAACUUGCGGUGUUGUGACAGAACUCACUUAAUAUUAAUAAUAAAUGGCUCUUAAGUAUAAUUCUUCUCAGGAAACAAAAUGGAUUCACCACCACACGGCAACAAUGUGACAUGCUACAUAUUCGAGAAGAACAACACUGGGUUAUUGGAAAGUUAUUUUGAAUUGAUGUCAACAUGGAAUUUGCAAUUCUAGUUUUUCUUUAAUAGGAAAAGAAAAACCUGUACAUUUUAACCAUUCUAACCAUCAAAUCCUUUUUUGUGAAAUUGUGAGUUUCUCUUCUUUGCUCAAAUAUGAACCGAUCCUUCAGUAUUUUUCUAUUAGUUUUAAUGUUUGGAAGACUUUACACCUCAGCAUGCACUGCUACAUGUUUCUUUACCAUGCUUCACAACUUUCUUGUUUAAUUUAAAAUAAGCAAAUUAACUAAUCAUAGAGAGAUUUUUAUUCAGAUUAAAUUUUGUAAAUAUGCAAAUAUGUGAGUAUGACAAGAGUCUUUUUUGCAUGCAUCAUCUUGCUUUUGUUUUUAAUAAAAUAAAAAUGAAAAUCUGAAGUGAAAUAUCAUCUCAGGUACAUAUCUGGUUUUUUAAGCUGUGAUGAUGGAAAAGGUCAAUGUGUAUCUUUAUAUUUUGUAAAUACGAAAAUUUCAAUAAAAACAACAGUAAAGAAA